AUGGUGGCUUGCGUCUACCAGCUUCCCCGUUCUGGCGUUAGCCACGGUUGGCAGGAAAUCGUUUCUUCAGAUGCAGGGACUGCGAUGGCAGCGCAGACUACUCGGGCCGUGACUCUCAAGACUAUAUCGUUGGCCCUUUCGGCUACCGCAGACCUUACCCUCCUGCUGACCAUGCUGCUAAAAUGGAACGCAGUGAGAGGAUACCUUGCGACAGCACUGAUUUACUUCAUAUCCUCAAUGCUUCUCUUCAGUCUCAUCGGCGUGACCGUGCAUCAGCCACCCCAAAUUAUCGCCCCUCAAACAUGGCACUAUACACAGAAUUUCUACUACGGCAUCUUCGCCGCUACUUCCUACCUCUUCGUUGCAUUUCUUUUAUCAAUCUACGCAUGCAGCGUCCGUACCAUCCACCUAAGCAUCCAAGAUCGCCGCAUCAUCGAAAACACGAGCAUCAUCCUCCGCGCAUUCACCCUCGCUGCUUUCCUCCUCGGCGGCGCAGCCAUCUACAUUCCCAUCGAAGGAUGGUCCCUAGCAGAUGCACUCUACUGGUCUGCAUACACCAUUCUUACAGUCGGAAUCGGCAACAUCGUCCCGAAAACUCACCUGGGACGAAGCCUUCUAAUCCCCUACGCUACGGGGGGGAUCACCUGCCUCGGCCUAUUCGUCAGCUCGAUUGCCUCGUUCUCAAGAAAGAUGGGCGAGCUACGACUGAAAUUCGAGCUCGAACAAGAAGGUAUUCACCUCCACAAGACACCACAUCCCGACAUCGUCAAAAUCAAACAAAUCAAAUCCCAUUGGCAGCGCCGCCACCGCUGGAUCAUCUUCUCCUUCUACUUCUGCGCAUGGCUUCUCCUCUGGCUCGUCAGCGCCCGUAUCUUCAAGUCCUCCGAGCGCAAUCAGGGAUGGACGUAUUUCGAGUCUUUGUAUUUCACGUUCGUGUCGCUGACCACCAUCGGGUAUGGGGAUUUCUAUCCGACUAGUAAUCUGGGGAAGUCGUUCUUUGUGUUUUGGGCGCUGCUGGCGGUGCCGGUUAUGACGACGUUGGUGGGGGUCGUGGGUCAGGGUUGGUCCUGGGGAGGAUUUAUGAGACGGGUAGGUGUGUUUGUGGAUGGGAGGAGGCUUGAUUUGUCUGCUCCUGCUGGGAGAGGGGCAGAUGUGAGGGUGGCAGGUGGUGAUGUGGAGGUCGAUAUAGAGAGACAGGCCUGCCCAACUCUUGACAUAGUGACUCUGCCACUUGAGAGACCGCGUCCAGGACAACACAAACUCCACCUGUGUGAAGAGAUCAAAUCUCUCGUGGACAUCCUCAAAGAUGACGACAGAGACGUAGAUCUACAUCGUGAAUGGGCACGUAUUGAGUCUCUCCUCAGUGUUGAUGAGGGUGACGGAGAAGAAGUGUUUGGGGCUGAGACUCAUCGGCAGCAAGUAAUCAGAGAGGUGGUAUCUGUGAAUCAGUCCGCGACGGAUAGAGAUAAGGAAAUUUUGUGGAUGGUCAAGUUGCUGGUUGAGAAGUUGUGCUCGUGUCUGAGGGAGGAUGUGAGGUGUGAGGGUAGUUAG